GACUUGCUUCGCUCAGUUCGGUUCAGUUCAGUUCAGAACGAGCAACCGGCUUGACAACACACCACAGCUGCCAGCUCCGCUAAUUUUAUUUGAGUUGUGUGUUAGAAAUGAAAAUACACCAAUCAACACAAUCAACAGUUCGCAACGAAGAUCAAGCUGCGAAUACAAAUGUGAGACGUUUGAGUGGUUUGAUAUGGACGUGCAGCAUUCUCUUGGUACUGGUGGCCACAACUGCCGCCUACUUUGUAUGGAUGAUGACCCAAAAUGAUAAUCCGGCCAACCGAGCUUUGCGCAUUCUCGAUCGCAGCGAGUGGAUGGGUGAACCACCUAGCGCCUUCAGGCUCCUACCAAUUCCAGUGCAGAAUGUUAUUAUACAUCAUACGGCGACCGAGGGAUGCGAUACAGAGGAAGUGUGCAUCUAUCGAAUGCGUAUGAUACAAUCCUUUCACAUGGACUCCCUCAACUAUACGGACAUUGCCUACCACUUUCUAAUUGGUGGCGAUGGCCAAGUCUAUGUGGGACGUGGCUGGCAUGGACAGGGCCAGCAUUUGAAGGGUUACGGCGCAGUUAGCUUAGGCAUUGCCUUCAUUGGCACCUUCGUUAAUGUGGCGCCACCGCCUCUGCAAGUGCGAGCAUUCAAACUACUGAUGGAUGAGGGCGUUCGAUUGCAUAAGCUGCAUGCGGAUUAUCAUAUCUAUGCCCACAGGCAAUUGCGGACCACCGAGAGCCCGGGACAGAAACUGUUUGAGAUGAUGAAGCACUGGCCCCGCUGGUCAGCAGACGUGACCUCACUUCGCAGUCUCAACAAGGAACCGCUUAGAUUUGUACCUCGCUCGUCCUGGCUGGCUCAGCCUCCACAGUACAACAUGCCCGAUUUGGAGCUGCCUGUCAAGAGCGUGCGCUUUGAAUCCACCUCAUCGGAGCCGUGUUCCACACAGGCGUCGUGUGUCCUUCGCGUGCGCUCUUUGCAAACCGAGCACAUCGAGAAUCUCAACAGACAGGACAUCAACUACAACUUUGUGGUGGGUGGUGAUGGCAAUGUCUAUGUGGGCAGGGGAUGGGAUUACAGCUGUGAGACUCCACCAACUGAUGAACGACAAUUCAAUGGACUCAUUGUGGGCUUUGUGGGUUUGUCAAAGCACACUUCGAGUCAAAUGAAUGUCAGUCAACAGCUACUGGCCCAAGGCAUCAAAUUAGGCAAACUGGUGCCGGAUUAUCAACUGAUCGACAAAUCGAAGUAGAGUAAAAGCAAUUGCCAUUUGCCUGUGCCAUAUAAAAAGAGUGGCAUUCCUUUUCGAUAAUUCAACCAAAAAUUAUUCCUAAAUUAAUUUAUAAACACAUUUUGCAUUGUUUCGUCAUUUUACAAAAUACAUCUUUCGUCUAGAUAUAAA